AUAACAUGAUAUAAAUAAUAGUAGAGGCGGUAUACCGACCAUUAUAACAGGGUAUAAAUGAUACAAAUAAAUUUUACCGAAUCGCAGAGUGAUCGUGUUGAUAACGUGUUAUAAAAAGAACUGGAAUUUUAUUGUAUCGCGGGAAUUUGAAUAAGAGCAAAAUUUAUACCCGUAGAAUUUUUAACACUGAUAGAAAGAGUUUAUUAUAGAAAGAAGAGAAGGUUGAGAGAUGGUCUAUCUUACAAACGAUCGAAACAAUCGUUUAUAUAGAAAUAAAAAGUAAAGUUACUGUGCAUGCAUAGUGACAGCGGGACCUAUAAUGAUAUUAAAGUCAACAAAUUCUGCGCGUCCCCCGUUUGCAAUACGACGCUUCCAUAACAUUUCUUUCUUUUUGGCAUCCGUGUGUGUGUUUUUUUCUAUUUAUAUUAUUUAGUCAACUUUUUUUCUUUCAGUAGGGCUUCUCUUUUUUCUCCAGAAGUUCAUCUUUAUUUCUCCAAAUUAAUUAUUAUUUUUUUGUACAAAACUACAAAUGGAAAAGUUCUGAACAUGAAUGGCUGCGCAGAAGAGUUCAUGAAAGCUGUCGAACCGUUCAUGAAGGUAACAGAACCAGUACCAUUAACUCCUGAUAACCAAACCGGGCCAAUUGGGCUAAACCCACUCACUGACGCUCAAAUCCUCGAAAUUCAAAGAGAGUUACAUUACAUCUCAGACAACAAAACCAAGCUCGCCGUCGUGGCUGCGGCGCUAAACCAACCCCAAUGAAGAAAACCAACGUAACUAGACCGGUUAAACUAUACCGAGGCGUUAGACAACGACAAUGGGGGAAAUGGGUUGCUGAGGUCCGGUUGCCUAAACACUGCAAGAAAACUAUCCAUGCUCCGACAAAACUUUACGAGUUUUACUGUUAUCGGAAAAAUAGUAAUGAAAUACUGACAAUUUACCGAGAGUAAACAAAUAUUGUCGGUGUCAGAUCGGUAACUUCCGAUAUAGAUAUUUUGUCAGGAGUUUAUUGGAACGCCGUUCUCGGAAGUUUCUCAAAAAAAUAUAUAUACCGACAACACUUCAGUUUCAUCGGUAAAACGUCAUAAAGUGGAUACAAAUUUCAUCGGAACCAUUUAUUAUUUUAAAAUUAAUCAACUUUUACCAUUAUUUAUUAAUUUUGCCACUUAAUUAAGUUACUGGUAUGAUUUUUCACAGCCAUUCAUUUUCUUUCAUCGAUCUUUUCCAUUGUUUAUCUUUACAUUUCUUAUCUCUACCUUUCUUCUCUUCUCAUCAACUUUACUUCUCUCCUUCUGCAAUCUUCUUUCAGUAACUUUUUAAAAAACUAAUCCAUCUAUUUCUUAACUUCUCUGAUCUUCUCUCGUUCUUUCUCUUCAUAUCUUCUGCUUCUCUUCUUUCCCUACUAUCUCUUUAUUUAGAAUUACAUAUUUUAUUUGUCAGAUCUGUUUUUUUUUCUGUACAAGAUAUAACUGCUGUUGCUGACCCUCAGUUUUCGCUGAUACUACGCUUUCUUCCACGGCCACCACCAUCGCCGUUUCUUACAAGUUACAAGCCACUAUCUUUGUCGUUUAUCCACGGCCACCACCCUCAUCGCUUCUUCCACAGCCACUACAGUCGUCGCGUCUUCUAUCAACGCAACCGUCGCCGUUUCUUUGAUGGCCACCUCCGUCGUUUAUCAACCACCGCCACGAAUCAGUAGAUUCCUUCACCGCCAUUGUAAAUUUAGCCUCUUAAUUUAACAAUAUUGUAAAUUUAGCUUUAUUAUAACUUUAUGUUUAUCUUAAAUUUAUAUGUAAUUAAUUAAUAUUUCAGUUUAUAUUAUUAUUUUAUUUAUAUUUUCGUUAUUUUGCAUUUAUUUUUUUUAAUUAAUUUUUUUAAAGUUGUCGGAAUGACCUCGGUAAUUACCGAGGACUGGUAGCGAUGAAUUUUCCGAGAAUGCGUUUUCUCGGUAGUUUCCGACAAGAUGCCGACGUCCUAUUAUUUCCGAGACCCGAACUCCGACGUAUUGACAUUUCUCGGAAAAUUCUCGAAGAUGUGGUCUUCGGACGACCUUCCGACAAACUUGAGUGUCGGUAUGAAGCACUCUUUCUCGUAGUGAAACACCGAACCAGGUUAUGGCUCGGUACGUUCAAAACCGCGGAAGAAGCUGCAUUAGCUUACGAUCAAGCUGCUCAUAAGAUCAGAGGAGACAACACUCGUCUCAACUUCCCGGACAUUGCUCGUCGUGGGGAACAUAAACAGACAUUGUCUCCCUCUGUCAACGCUAAGAUCGAAUCCAUAUGUAAAAAUAGCUCAGAAGCUCCCCUGCUUGAGGUCAAGAAACCGGCGAAAACAGUGGAAUGGUUCUUUGGUUUUCAUUACACGGUUCCUAAACUAGAACAAGAACGUGAAGUUCCGGAUAGUUCCGGAUACGGCUCUCCUGAGUCGAAUAUAACGAUGUUGGAUUUCUCAAGCCAACGGAUGAAGUGAAAGUUAAACGGCUAUGAGUGCGUGACAAGCUUAUGUCUUUGUUCUAUUCAAAAGAUUUUUUUACUCUGCUAUUCGAAUAAGCAACUAAUACGUUCAGCUCUCUCUUCCAAAGAAUAAACAGGAAGAUGAGAGCUUUUUUAAUGGGUUUGCAAAAGUAUCCUUCAUUUUGAGAUUGAUUGGUACGCUACUCUAUGGAUCUAUUUAAUCUUUCAAUUUUCAUUUGCUGAUAAUUUUUAAGAAGAUUAUUAGCUUUGUAAUGAAAUUCUACAUGCAGUGAAACCUUUGUUUUCUGUUUUCCU